CAAAGCGACAAUAUUCAGUUCUCGUCUGGAUUUAAACAGUUUCACACGAUAAAAUUCUCGUCUCUCGUGGUCAUUUCUCAAGUGCAAGUGUGACAUUUUUUUCCUUAUCUGAUAGUCAAUUCGGCAAAGUACUUCGCAGGAUAUUUGCUGACUCCUUUGCACAAUAGAUUCUCAGUAAUAAUGACUGACAAUCGAAAUGCAUCACAGAAUCCAGCGCUGAGGCUGUACUCCGUGUUCACCUUAAUUGCCGACAUCAUCGGCUUGCUGCUGAAAUUUACACUGGAAGUUAUUUAUUCCUUUAUGAAGUUAUUUGUCAAGACGGAACUCAAGGAUGUGAGCGGAGAGGUGGUUCUGAUUACAGGUGCUGGACAUGGAAUUGGACGGGAACUCGCCAUUCAGUACACAGAUCUGGGAUGCGAGGUUGUCUGUUUGGACAUCAACGAGGCGGGCAAUGCCGAAACUGUGGAGAUGGCAAAUGCUCUGCGACAGGGACGCGCUUAUGCCUUCACGUGUGACGUGACGGAUCGCGAUCAGGUGCUGGCGGUGGCCAACAGAAUCCGCGUCCAGGUUGGACAUGUGUCGGUGAUUGUGAACAAUGCCGGUAUCAUGCCGUCGCGGCCGCUGUGGGAGCAGCAGCAUCAGGAGAUUCGGAAGGUGUUUGACGUUAAUGUGAUGGCACACUUCUGGAUCUUCGAGGCCUUCUUGCCGCACAUGAUCGAGAAGAAUCGCGGCCACUUGGUGUCAAUCUCAUCUGUGGUGGGACUCAUAGGUGCGGCCAAUUUAGUGCCGUACUGUGCCUCCAAGUUCGCAGUUCGCGGAAUGAUGGAGGCCCUCUUUGAAGAGCUGCGCGAGCACAAAAUCCCGAUCAAAUUGACCAUAGUGUAUCCCUACAUGGUGGACACGGGCCUGUGCAAGAGCCCCAAGAUGCGCUUUCCCAAGGCCAUGGCUCUGCUGACACCAAAAGCCGCCGCCGCAUCGAUUAUCGAGGCCCACCGACAAGGGCUGCUCGAGGCAACAAUACCGCGCUACAUCGGCUAUCUCAAUAGAUUCUUCCGCAACUAUCCAGUCAACUGUCAGCUUAUGGUGAAAGAUUUUUUCGACAGCGGAGUGGGCACAUCGGAUCUACAGUGAUUUACUUAUUGAAAAUGUGCCAUCGUCUUCUUCGCCUUCCCUCCAAAUAAAUGGACACACACAGCUCAACGGCAACACAACAGCAAAAAGGCUCUGGGGUUGUUUCUUUUUCCCAUAUAUAUAUUCCCAAAUUCCACCUCAGCCCAUGAGAUAAACCUCCAAAUGAGCGGAGGAGGGAGAAAAAAAUUUCGACAACAUGUGAAUAUGAGAAUCCUCGAGAAGAUGGAUAUGAAAAACAGUGAUUUGUAUUCAUCAGAGAAAAAUUUUAAAUGUCUGCAUAUUCUUUUAAUUGUAAUUUGUGCGCUCAACUUAAUCUUGAUAUAUAAAUAUAAGACUUUUCUCUAUCUCAUUCUCUCCUCGUGUGCCUCUUGAGCGAGUUGGAAUCCGCCUAGAUUAGGCAUAAAAGGCUGUGCUGAGAAAUACCAAAAUGAGUCAUGGAAUAAUUUGUAGUUAAAUUAAAUAUAUUUAUCGAAACAUGGAGGGCUCUUGAACAUCCGAAAUUGCGAGAGAUUUUUCACGGCGUUUGUGACUUUCAUUAAAUGGAGAGAUUACGAAAAUAAUUUCUUUUGCACUUAAUGUUUAAAAGCGCUCCGUCUUUCUCUCUGUGAAAUUUCAUUAGAAUUCAUAUAAAUUAACCCACUGAUCACGAUAUUUAACCUUUGUCACUGACAAUUCUCCCUCAAGAAGUGUGCAUAAUUGUGUGGAUAAAAAGAAGAGAGGAAUCUUAAUAUUCUCUUCAUAUACAAUAACACACGAUUUAUAUCCGUCCAGAUUGAAACUACAAAAAAUACCCGCCGUCGCCUCUCAACUCUGGCCAACACAUGGCGCGCUUGGCUUUGUUUGUUAAUGUUAUGUUGUUAUAAUAAUUAUUAAUUACAAGUAUUAAUACACAUAAUAGUCAUAAAUUAUUCAUGGACCGCACUGAACUCAAUCGACAAUCCGUGGAUUUCUUGGUGAGGUGCCUGAUGGAUUGUGAAGUGGCGCGAAGUAUGUGCAUUUUGCGUGUGAAUGAGCGAGAGACCCUCUGAAUUAGAGUGUCGAGACAAGAGAAAUGAGUGGUGUUUGGUUGAUUUCUUCAAAAUAUAAUUUAUUUGGACUAUAGACGCGAAGGAGCAAAAGAAAAAAAUAUACAAUGUAUAGGAGAUUAUUCGAAUUACAAUAUAUAUUAAUUGAUAUUGGUUGUUAAAUCAUAUACAUCAAGGAAUUCUUCUCAAAGA